GCAGGGAUAUUGCAGGGAGAACAUUCCAGUGUUGUCCAGCUGCCCGCCCUAUAGUGAAAGCGAGCAGGCCGGAAGCUGAAUAGCAGUGAUAAAUCCUCCCUUAAAAGUAACUAGCUAGGGUAUGGUUAAUCAGCCUUUGAAGGAAGAGUGGUGCCCUCUGCAGUAGGAUGCCGCCCACCCAUGGGUUAGCAGGCUGAGAGGAGCGCUGUACAGAGAUAUGGCCUGGGCCUGGAAUUCAUCAGGAAGAGAGAAGCGGCAAAGAUCUGUUAAUGGCUGAAGAUUUCUCAAGAAGUCUUCAGUGAAAAUCCAACAGAAAAAUAUAAAUAUAUAUAACAAUUGUGAUGUACCAGAACAAUGGCACUGCAGCAGCCCAACCAAUCGUAUGAUGAGAUAAUUACAAAAAGUCGAGAAAUAUUGGUCAACCUGAUAACAAACACCCAGUGCUUACUUGAGAAUUUAGUCAACCAUGCAUAUUUUUCUCCUGAAGAUUCCGAAAAUGUUAUGCAGGCUUCUACAACGAAAGAAAGGGUUCGUAAGAUUAUUGAUCUGGUAGAAAGUAAGAAGGGGGAAGUUGCUGAGUUUUUCAUAUAUGUCCUUUAUAAAAUUCCGGAAGCCUACUAUGACCUGGACUCCUGGUUAACAGAAAUAGAUUUUCAUCCCUCAGAACAAAUACAGAGUUUACCUAUUACGAACAAUGACCCUGUUACUUUAUACAGCCAGAAGCUCAAACAAGUGUUGUGUAAUGAUUCCACAUUUGUACCAUCUUACUCCCAGCGUGGGGAGUUGGUGCUCCCGGAGACUUAUGUUAAUAGUGUUAUGGAACUUGUUAGUGACAAAAAUGAAACUAUGGGACGAGUAAAUGAUCUAAGUUCCUUGUUUGAUGACACUGGGGUGAUCAAUGAAGAAGGAGGAACUACAUUUAUCUAUGGGGAUGCUGGCAUGGGAAAGACCCUUCUGAUCCAAAAAUUGCAAAAUAUGUGGGCGAAAGGAGAAUCUUACUCUGAUACUAGAUUUUUUUUUAGUUUUAGUUUUCGUAGAUUUGUCCUUUCUAAUGCCAACACUCAGCUCUCUCUGAAGGACUUGCUGUUCAGAUACAACUGCCAUCCAGACAAUGACCCAGAAGAAGUGUUUCGUUAUAUUUUGAGGUUUCCAGAAACUGUAAUGUUCACUUUUGAUGGCUUUGAUGAAAUGCAGUCCAGUUUUGCUUUAAACAACAUUCCAGAAGUUUCCUUACCUACAGACACUGCCCACCCUGCGGCCUUGUUGAUACAUCUACUGAGUGGAAAAUUGUUGAAAACAUCAAGGAAAGUCUUAACAGCAAGAACAGGUUGUCAGGUAUCAUGGAAACUUGUGCGGAAGAGAAUUAUGCUACGUGGUUUUGCUACAGAGAGCCUGAAGGAGUAUACUAAUUUAUUCUUCAGGGAACCCAGCAUUCAGAUGUGUAUAUUAAACCAAUUAGAAGCCAACCACAACAUGAGCAGCCUAUGUUCCAUCCCAUUGUUUUGCUGGAUAAUAUUUAAGUCUUUUGAACAUUUUCAUUUCAGGAAUAAGAGUCAUACUUUUUCCAGUAGUUCUGUAACACUUACAGAUAUAUUUUUACUUAUAAUUGAAGUUUAUUUGAACUCGUCUAACAGAGGAACCACCAGAAGUCAGGCUGAAACCUACAAGAAUAGUAAGGAGACCUUGCUGUUGAUAGGAAAGCUUGCCUACAGUGGAAUGGACAAUUCAGCCUUCCUUUUUGACUAUGAUACCAUCACAUCUCUAAACAUCCCAGAACAAUAUCUCCAAUUGGGUUUCUUCAGAACUGUGAAAAAUUACGAUGGAUGUGGUGGAAAUAGCUCUUUUGAAUUUUUUCAUGUGAUACUCCAGUCAUUCUUUACUGCCUUAUUUCUUGUGAUUGAUAGUGGAACUAGCACUACAGAGCUACUGAAAUAUUUUGGUCAUUGUGCAUACCCCCCACAACAGGAGCUUCUACCUAAGCUAAUGAUGUAUGUUUGUGCAAAGAAACACAAGCAGGUCGAUCCUUUUGCAAAUAAUGAUCACUUACAGUUCAUCAACCUCUUUCUUUGUGGGCUGCUUUCAAAACCAAAACAAGUUCUCCUUGAACAUCUAGUGCCACCUUCAGUCUUAAAAGUUAAGAGAAAAGCUCUCAAGCAACAGCUUUUCAAAAGUGUCAAAUUUCACUUAAAGCACCUGCCCCGGUCAUGUUUUAUGGGAUAUAAUUGUGUCCAUGCAUUGACUCACUUUAUCUGGAUGGCACGAUGUGUAUGUGAGACUCAGUGUGAGAAGGUGGGGAAGUAUGUAGCCAAAGGAAUAUGUGCAGAUUACAUUAAGCUAAGCUUCUGUGGGGCUUCUUCUUCAGAUUGUGGUGCCAUCUCCUUUCUUCUUAAUCAGUACCAGAAAGAAAUUGCUUUGGAGUUGGACAAUAACAAUAUCAAUGAUUAUGGAGUGAAAGAGCUUAUACCAUGCUUCAGAAAACUCACAGUGGUUAGGUUAAGUGUCAAUCAGAUCACAGAUGAAGGUGUUCGAAUUUUGGCUGAAGAGUUAACCAAGUAUAAGAUCAUCAUUUAUCUUGGAUACGUUAUGCUGCUAGAGGCGAUUGCCACUAAGUCUCAUAAUCGGUUUUCUUCCAUGUUAUUGAAUUCCUGUCUCAAUAGAAGUAACUCACUUUUUGACGUGUUAACUUUGAAUCCUGAAAGGAGGUCGACAGCUCGUAGGUGAUUCAAAAGCAUUUUUAAAUCCCUCUGAGGGUGUUCUAAGAAGAAUAUUAAAUCAUCCACAAAGAAAGCAUGAUUCAGUUUUCUUGUCCCUACCUUCACACCUUCAAUAUCGUUGGUAUGUUCUAUAAAUCUUGAUAGGAGCUCUAUUGCCAAGUUAAAUAAUAAUGGGGACAAGGGGCAUCCCUGUUGCGUGCCCUUUUGUAGUGUAAAGCAAGGAGAGAGAACCUGAGGUGUUGAUCCGCGCUAGGGGUUCUGUAUAUAAUGCUGUCAGGUAGUUUUGGAAACGACCAUGAUUGUAACCAAAUCUCAUAUUUUUAUUUUGCCUUUUUCCACUAAUUUUCUGAUGCCAGGGAGGGGGUUGCCUUGAAGUCAGAAUAGGCUUUUCUUAGGGACUUACUAAGCUUCGAUAUCUGGUCAUUUAAUUGUUUUUUAGCCCUAUUAUGUAAGAAAUUAGUCUGCCUCGAAUACCUACUUUACCAGCAUCCCAGGUUAAUUGAGGCCUAUCAGUUAUCUCAUUGUUCUGUAUAUAUUCUCUCCACCAUCCCUCAAGCUGGCCACGGAAUUCCUCAUCCUUAUAAUUGUCGGUGGGGAAACUCCAGAUAAAGUCUUGCCCUAUGGGCACUAGAUCUUUCAAUAAAAGAGACACAGGAGAGUGGUCUGAUAUUAUUAGGUCUUCUACCUAGGUUCUUACACAUCUACUAAACAAUGAAGAGGAGAGUAGUACAUAGUCUAUUUGUGACCAAGAUUUAUGGGUAUUAGAGUAAUUGAUAUACUCUCUUCCUUCAGGGUUCAAGACUCUCCAUGGGUCAGUAAGGCCCAAAGUGGUUAACAAUUCCCUGAGUGUGUUUUCCGGUCUCUUGGCAGGGGAUAUGCUUCCCCUGUCUGAUGUCCUAUCCUCUUCCCAAUCAAAUAGUGUUCAUAUGCCCUGCUACUAUUAGUUAAUCUACAGAGUAUGCAUUCAACCACCGACUACCUGCUGGAAGAAUGUCUUGUGUGAGUCAUUUGGACCAUAUAAAUUAUAUAAGCUCAAUUGUCCGGUCGGUGAGGACAGGCGAACAUGCAGCAAUCUACCAAUGUCAUGUGCUUUGCAAAAUAUUACAGUAUAUGUUAAACGCUUAUGGAGGAGUAUAAGUAUUCCUGCUUUGCGUUUCACCGAGGGCGCACCCAACACCUCCCCUACCCACAUCUUGUGCAUGCAUGCAGGAAAAAUCUUCAAUCCCCAAGUGCAUCUCCUGUCAGCUUUUAGUCGGCUAAGGUGACGUAGUACCAUCAUGCCUUUAGGAGGGGACCGAAGCCCCUUAACAUUCCAUGUUACUACUUUCACCAUAAUACUAUCUGAUAUAUCAAGCAGUUAGUGAUCUCUCAUUGUAGACAGGUGAUCCCCGCGGAGUCAACCCCCUCCCUCAAACAGAACAAGAAAAGUAAAUGCAUUAAAACAAGAUAUGGGAACCUAUUAGGGACAAAAUCUUCCAAUUUCCCCCAGGUUCUACUCCCUCUCACUUCACUUUUU